GAACGUGGGAGGCAGAGAUGUACUGAGAGAGGGUGAGAGAGAGAAGGGGGAAGAGGGGUAUAAAGUAAAGAGAUACUGAAAAAAGAAUAGGGAGGGAAAGAGAGCAUGCAAAGAGUGAGAAGUAGAGUUUGGAAGGUUGAGAGACACUGGUGUGUUGGAAAGUUUGAAAGAAAAGGAGAGUAGCAGGUAAAAAGAGAAGAAUGAAGGUUUAACCCAGAGCUAGAGGUAGUGGUCAAAUCAGAGGAGGAGAGAAACAGAAAGAACAGUGACAAAUUUUCCUCUGAAACUCAUUGACUGACUGCAGCAUCAAUAGAAAAGCUGCACUCUGAAAUAAACCUGAUUCACAAGAGAGAGAGCGAGACAGAGACAGAGAGACAGAGACAGAGACAGAGAGACAGAGACAGAGAGAAAGGGGGCCUCAAUUGGAAGAAAAAAAACUUGUGGAGACCCGCCAUGGGAAAGCUCUGGACUCAGGUGUGCUUUCUGGGAGCUUUGGUGGUGUGUAGCACCGGCAGGCAGCAGGACUCUUCACUUCCGCCACAGACUACAGCUCGUCCUGCAGCAGACAAACUGGCACAUUACCAAGGAUCGGUUAAUCGCUCCACAAGUGCACUGGUGCCAUCAGAGCCUUCAUCUGCCGCCUCCUCCCUUUCCUCCCCCUCUUCCUCUCAGAGUCAUGCAUCAGCGAGCCCACCAGACCGAACUCCGACCCCUUCCACGAACCCCAGCUCACCUGGACCCGACUUAGCUUCUGACCCGGCUGCAGUCAGCCUCACCAGUGCGAAAGAAGGGGUCUUCGGGCAUACCACGACAACUCCCGUCAGCCAAUCACAAGGCACGGGCACUGCAAAGGCAACAGCAACGACAACGGCAAAAACAGAUGUGAUGCAUUCUUCCUGGGGUUAUAUCCUCCUGCUGUUGAUGAUCCUGCUGAUCAUUGGUCUUUGUGUUAUACUCUUCACGCUCCGGAGAAACUCCAGGAUCUACUCAUUUGACUUCCAGAGACCGGGCCAUGCGACACACUCCUCUCUCACCGUGAGCGAACAACCGGGGACGUUCGAGGCCGUCCGCCUGGAUGACCUGGAUUGCCAUGUCCCUUCAAAUCACGGGAUCAGCGAUGACCUUUCACCCUCCGCGGUCACCAACGGCACUGCUCUGCAGCCCAGGGAGAAGGGCUCCGAUGGAGAUAAGGCCCGUGAUGGAGAUUUGGUUGAUUGUCAGAUGGACUUGGACGCUCUGCCCACCAAUGGCAUCAACCUUUCAUUGGACAUUGACCUGAAUGACAAAAAAUCCAACCAAUCAAGCGGCACCAAUUUAUUUUCCGACACCAAGGAGGACGAACAGCACAACGGCAACAACAACAACCCAAGCCCGCGCUCCAGCGAGCCCUUUGUGGACGUCAGUCUGGACGACCCAGUGUGGGAGGGGCGACCCCUGUCGUCUGUCCUCCCCUUCUCUCCUUUCUCCCUCAUCUCCUCCUCCUCCCCCAACCUCCACUGAUGUCGCCGCGGUGAACUCCAUCCCGUUUCCUGUGACCUCUAACCCCCGACCUCCCUGUCAGUGGUUGUUCGUGGUGAAGUGGGAGUUCCAUCUUUUCCUGCUGAUGGUCUUUCUCUAAGCCUGUCCGGACAAAGAGGCGGUCACGUCACCAUUUGAUGGCACCAGAAUCACGUCGCCCGCUGCAGCAAAUAUGAACGCGACGUGCUAUGACGUCAUUCUACGGGAUGUGACGUCGUUCUACGGGAUAUGACGUCAUUCCACGGGACUUGCUUCCGUCUGUGCUUUGUUAACGGCGCAGAGGGCCAGCGCUGUCGCUGACUCUGUGCUGGUGUAGGGUGUAGGUAAAUAAUAAGCUCUUAGCCUUCAUUACAGCUGAAACACAGGCGGGACGCUAGCCAGCUAGCUUUAGCAAAUGCAGUUCAAUCACUAUGGACACAACCUGCUCAGGUUUCAUGUGACAUGGCAAACCAUGCAGCCUCUCUUGCUUUACCUUUUGUAGUCGUGUAAGAAACAUUUGUAUCAAAUAUAUCCAUCAUCCAUCCAUCAU